CGGAUCUCGAUGUUGAUUGGUUUCUGGAACUCAGUCCCGGAAGUAGCUAGAAGCGGAGACAGAAGCUUCUAUUUAAAGGGGGAUAUAUACUGGUGUAGUUUCUCCACGUGAACAGCUUCAAAUGUCUCCUGGAGAGUGUCGCUGCGUUCAGCCCACCCCCUAACCCUCAGCCAUUAUAAGUCUCACGGAUGUCCCUGACUGACAACCAUGAGCAACAGUGAUCGGCGGCAGCGGCCGGGGUCCAAAGAGUCACACCGGUGCUCCUGGGGACCGUAUAUCUCAGCCAUCACCAACAGGACCACCAACUUGUUUAUACGAGGGGGCAUGCUGUUCUCUGUGGGCGUCUUCCUGGCUCUUGUGCUGAACUUACUUCAGGUGCAGAGAAAUGUCACUCUUUUCCCUCCAGAUGUCAUCAGCAGCAUCUUCUCCUCAGCAUGGUGGGUGCCGCCCUGCUGUGGCACAGCCUCAGCAGUGAUCGGGCUUUUAUACCCCUGCAUCGAUAGCCGGCUUGGUGAACCACACAAAUUCAAGCGGGAGUGGUCCAGUGUGAUGCGCUGUGUGGCUGUGUUUGUAGGCAUUAACCAUGCCAGUGCUAAAGUGGACUUUGCUAACAAUGUCCAGCUGUCUCUGACUCUGGCAGCACUCUCCAUUGGUCUGUGGUGGACAUUUGACCGCUCUCGCAGUGGCUUUGGGCUCGGAGUCAGCAUCUCCCUGUUGGCAACACUGGCUACCCAGCUCCUGGUUUACAACGGAGUCUUCCAGUACACUUCCCCAGAUUUCCUCUACAUCCGUUCUUGGCUCCCCUGUAUAUUCUUUGCUGGUGUGAUCACCAUGGGAAACAUCGGACGGCAGCUCGCCUUGUAUGAACACAGUUUUCUCCAACAGAAGACACAUCAAGACUGAGGGAUGUCUUGACCAUCUCAGGCCUCUGUGAUGUCAUGUAUGCAUCAUUUCUCAGGCUGUUCAGACGCAGAGGCAGCAUCACUCGGGUCGUGUCAAACAAGCAGCAGAACUCCAGAUGGACUGCCCCCCCUCACCAGUGAAGACCGUGCUUUACUCGGCUCGUCUGGCGCCUUUGAAAGAGAUCUCAGCCAUUUUUCUGACUAUCUGCUCUCUGCUGAGAUGGUUUAUGACAGAAUGUUGUUCUCUCUCUUAUGUGCUGCAAUUUAUUGUUCAUGUAACUGAAAAGGGAGUAGCUCCAAAGCAGAUCUCCCACAAAUCAGAACCUUUUGCUCCGCUGUGCCAAAGUCGGCAGGAAUCAGUUUUUAGGUCAGUGCUCGUCUUGUUGUAUCAUCAGCCAGGUGCUCUAACAUUUGAAAAACAUGAAAACGUCAGUUUUCAGUUGACGCCACCCUCCUCUAGCUCUUUUGAGGUGUUGCUAAGAGCGGUGAUGAGUCGUGUUUGUGUUCAGGAGCGUGGCUUUAAGCCGAAACCUGCAGCCACUUGAGACAGUCUAACUUUAUUAUAGGUUUUGUGGACACAAGGUACGUCAUUCAUGCAGGAAGACUUUCUAAUAAUAUUUUACACACAGAUUCACAAAUAUGCCCUCUGCCAAAAACACACCUUUUUGCCUUCAGGCAAACUAUUCUAGCUACUUUUCUCCUGGUAGGUCGAGUAAAACGUGAACGUUGAUGCAUCAUGUAGGGUACUCGACGUGGAAAAAAGACAUCAGACAUCUUUUAUGUAAAAAUGGGUACCGUUGUCCAUAGAGACGAACCCUUUAGCAUACGCUGCACACAACUUAAUGGACACUUGCCAUUUUGUUUUGUGCUUACAGCAGUGGGAAGUAUUUCAAUCUGUCAGGGAAAAAGCCAGAGGCUGGUGUCUCCAAACAUCUAAUGCACGAAGCUGAAUCAUUCCAUCACAGACCUGCUCUGAGGCUAUGGCAGGUGCUUUCAUAUUUACUGUGUAAAACAGUGUUAAUGUUGCAAAAACGUGUGUGUGUGUUUUAUCAGACCGUCGAGUGGGAUGUGAUUUGAUGAACAACGGAAUGCGUGCACAGAGAAGAGCUUUUAUCACGAGCACAUCUGUAUACGCGGUUACUAUUGAAGAGACCAUAGUAAUACAUUGUGGUGAAAAGUAAUUGAGUAUGGGUAGAGUUACAACAUACAAGACACAGUAUUUUAUAUGCUUUGCAACAUUGGAGAAACCUUUCUGACGUGUUUUCUUGUGACUGAAACCUUUUGUCAUAAAAUGGCGUUGUGAUGAAACGAAGUGUGAAUAAAUAUUUCUACUCAGGAAUGUAGAACAAACGA